AUGUGAAACUUUUCUGCAAGAGUUCUUCGGCGUUGCACUUCUGAACAGCCUGCAGAGGGAUCGGAGUCCGCCUAUUUUUAGUCCCCCCAAAAUCGGCGCUCAAAUGGGGGGAAAUGACGGUUCGUGAAGAUUUCGCGAGGCCCAGCUCCCGAGCGACCGAACACGCGGUGCGACACAACUCGGCAACUUUUUCCGACUCCUCCAGCACCGCCACCGCCGACGAGUAGCGCCGCCAUGGCCGCCCAGUGCGACGCUUUAAGCGGAUACUUGCAGCAGCAGCAGUCGGACCAGGGCUCCAACAGCGAGCGCAGCACAGACUCCCCUUUGCCGGGCUCCGAGGAGGACCUGAGCGGACCCCACCAGCUGCCGGACCCGGAGUGGACCGAGGAGCGGUUUCGAGUGGACCGAAAGAAGCUGGAAUUCAUGUUACUAGCUGCCUCCGAGGGGAGAGUCAAUGGCGGGGAGGAUUUCUUUCAGAAGAUUAUGGAUGAAACACAAACGCAGAUAGCCUGGCCUUCCAAGUUGAAGAUUGGGGCAAAGUCGAAAAAAGAUCCACACAUCAAGGUGUGCGGCAAAAGGGAACACGUAAAGGAUGCCAAAGACAGAAUUAUGUCAGUGCUGGAUACAAAGAGUAACAGGGUAACGCUGAAAAUGGACGUGUCGCACACGGAGCAUUCGCACGUGAUCGGCAAGGGCGGCAACAACAUCAAGCGGGUGAUGGAGGAGACGGGCUGCCACAUCCACUUCCCCGACUCCAACCGGAACAACCAGGCGGAGAAAAGCAACCAGGUGUCUAUCGCGGGGCAGCCUGGAGGGGUGGAGGCGGCUCGAGUUAAAAUCAGGGAGCUGCUCCCUCUCGUGUUGUCUUUCGAGCUGCCGGCCAUCAUGCAGUCGGACCCCAGCUCGCCGGGCGUGCAGGCCAUCUCGCAGACGUACAACCUCGCCGUGUCCUUCAAACCGCCGACUCGGCUCUACAGAGCCACCGGCGUGGUGCGCGGCUCCCAAAACAACGCCAACGCCGUCAAGCGCGGCACGGCGCUGCUGCUGGAGCACUUGGCAGGGAGCCUGGUGAGCACCAUCUCGGUCAGCACCCACCUGGACAUCGCCCCCCAGCACCACCUUUUCAUGAAAGGCCGCAACGGCAGCAACAUCAAGCACAUCACCCAGAGGACGGGCGCCCAGAUCCACUUCCCCGACCCCAACAGCCCCCAGAAGAAGUCGACCGUCUACAUCCAAGGCACCAUCGAGUCGGUGUGCCUCGCCCGGCAGUACCUCAUGGGCUGCCUGCCGCUGGUGCUAAUGUUCGACAUUAAAGAGGACGUGGAGGUGGAGCCGCAGUGUAUCACGGCCCUCAUGGAGCAGCUGGACGUCUUCAUCAGUAUCAAACCCAAGCCGAAGCAGCCCAGCAAGUCUGUAAUAGUCAAGAGUGUGGAGAGGAACGCCGUAAACAUGUACGAAGCCCGGAAGUUCCUCCUGGGCCUGGAGAGCAAUGGUGUGUCUUGCUCCUCGCCCUCGGUGGCCUUGAACCCGCCGGCGCCCAACGUCCCCUCGCCGUCUCUCAUUUGCCCCGUUGGCCUGGACAUCCUGGCCUCAGCUGGUCUGGGGCUCAGCAGCCUAGGCUUCCUGGGUGCAACGGCAUCCCACUCGCUGGCCAACUCGGCGGCCCCCAACGCCGUCCUAAACACCUUAAAUUCCUCCAUGAGCCCCCUGCAGGCCCCCAGCCCCAGCGCCCCCACGCCCUCCCUCUGGCCCAGCUCGCUUACCAGCACCCAAGCCUUCUCGUCCCAGUUGAUGCUUCACCCGGCCACCCACGCCACCCUGAGCAGCAUCCUGCUGUCGGGCGUGCAGGGUUACACGCAGAGCACGCCCUCCCCUCCGCCGGGCCUGGCGCCCAUCGACAAGCAGCCCAACGGCGUCCCGGACUGCGCCAAGGCGGCCUGCGCGCUCAACGGUCACGUUAAGCAUCCGGCGUCUGUCUACGGGAGGAUAGCCACCGCGUCACUCGCUGAAACGGUUUUGAGUCCAGCGCCGUGCGACUCGGUCCAAGAGGGCAGCGGACACAGUGCAUCGGAACCACUGUCGAGCAAGUCCAGCGCCGAUGAAGGCUCGGACACAUUUGUGGAGGUGGGCAUGCCGAGGAGCCCCUCGCACUCGGCCAGCGGCAGCGAGCUGAAGCAGAUGCUGGCCUCGUGCAAAACGUCGUCGGGAAAACGCCAAGCGGUGGAGCUCCUGCAGGGCACCAAGAAUUCCCACCUACAUUCCGACUGUCUCCUGUCGGACGCCGAGUCCAGUUCGUCAGACAGCCCCGUGGCCGACAAGAGGGCGCCGGGCAGCGAGCGGGCGGCCGAGAGGGCGGCGCAGCAGAGCGAGAGGGAGCGCAUCAGGUUGGCCCCGCAGACUUCCUUCGCUAACAUGCAGGCGUUUGACUACGAACAGAAAAAGCUUCUGGCAACCAAAGCUAUGUUGAAGAAGCCCGUGGUGACAGAGGUGCGGACCCCGACUAACACCUGGAGCGGUCUUGGUUUCUCCAAGUCCAUGCCAGCCGAAACCAUCAAGGAGCUGAGGAGAGCCAAUCACGUGCCCUACAAGCCCAGCAUGAGCACCACUUACGAGGGUUCCCCGCUGUCCCUGUCCCGCGCCGGCAGCCGGGAGGGCGUGGCCAACGGCAGCGACUCGGACAACUGGCGGGAGAGGAACGGCUCGACGAACGGGCUGCAGGCCCACGCCGAGUUCCCCGCUGCCGUGAGCAGCCCCAAGAGGAAGCAGAACAAAUCUGCCGCUGAACAUUACCUGAGCAGCAGCAACUACAUGGACUGCAUCUCGUCGGUGACGGGCAGCAACGGCUGCAGCCUCAACUCCUCGCUCAAAGGUUCGGACCUGCCCGAGCUCUUCAGCAAGCUGGGCCUGGGGAAGUACACCGACGUCUUCCAACAACAGGAGAUCGACCUCCAGACAUUCCUGACUCUGACCGACCAGGACCUGAAGGAACUGGGCAUCACUACGUUUGGCGCCCGCAGGAAAAUGCUACUGGCCAUCUCAGAACUUAACAAGAACCGGCGGAAGCUAUUCGAGCCCCCCAUCCGGUCGUCCUUCUUGGAAGGCGGCGCGAGCGGUCGCCUGUCCCGUCAGUUCCACGCCGACAUCGCCAGCGUCAGCGGGCGUUGGUAGGCCGUCCGGCCCCGUCCGUCCGUCCCGGCGGCGUCCCUUUUUUCAAAGCCCGGCGCCACCUUUUUCCAUUCGCCGCUAUC